AUCAUUCUCCCUACGCAAGUUUGCGUUGCGACGCGGUGUCGAUCUCCGCCGUCAGUGGAUUUCACGAUUGUGCACGGAACACGGUGUGCACCUAACAACGCUCUUCCUUUCGUGGUUUCUCGACUUUUUGGAGGUGGCGCCUCCUCGUGUAGCGUGCGUUAGUUUCCCUUCGCAUUUUCUGUCGCGUUGUCUCUGUCGUUCGCGAACGGUGGUGCGUGCGUGCGACCAAGAUAGAAACGGAAAAAGGAACACGCGAACAGCGGUGGUGACCCAGCCUGACUGACCUACGUCGUAGACCGCUCAUACGUGCAUAACCGGCGCGAAGUGUCGUGAUCGUCGAAACGCGUGGCCGUGUGAUUCGAAGUUGUCAGAAAAGACUAAUAAGGGCAUCUUUUCACGUGUGAUCGAAGAAAAAUGUGGGCCGGGCAGGACGACACGCAGCGAUUUAAAACCAGGGUGUUGAAACCCCCUGGUGGCGGAAGUAGCGACAUAUUCGGCGCUGCGCCCGAAGAGACGAGCCCCCGUCGCGUGAAGAAUCACAACCAGUCGCAGCUGGGCUCGGCACUGUUCGGCGAUGCCCCGAACAGCAAUAGCAACAGCAACAGCAACGAAACGCCGCGCAACAAGCCCGGUAAUGAUUCAUACAAACGUCUGUUUGGCCCUCCCGAUGCCCCACCCACCACCCCAAACGCGAAAAAUCAUAUGCGCAGCAAUAUCUCCCUCAGCGGGGAUUCGUCGUCUUCGUCAUCGGCGUCGCUGGGCGCCGCGACGUCGCCCGCGAAGAGCACCGCCAGCUCGGACUCGAUCGCGGGCGUUCUCAACGGCUACGCUGCCAGCAAUGGCAACAACCUGACCAACGAUGUCACAGGUGGAUCGUCCUGCAUAACGCGCAACCCGGUCACCGGAGACGGAGUUGACGUGACGCCUAUAAGGCGCAGCGCACGAAGGUGUCGAGAUGGUAACCCGGUGACUGGAACUGGCUACGCAGAAUCGCAGACCAACGGCCCGACCGUGCAAAAUGGAACGUCCAGCUCGAAUUCCAGCAUCGGCGAGAAAUCGAACGACUCGUCGCCAGCGGCCAAGGUCCCAACUCGUACACGCGUGCCACCCGGUGGCUAUUCAUCCGGAUUGUGGUAAAAUCUGCAACGGAACGACCGCUGAUCGGCAUAUCCAUCUUUGGCUGAUGCCGUUGAUCCUUCCAGUGCACCGGAAAUUAGAUCCCUACCGCUGGAACCAAACGAGAACAUCGAAACACCCUGUGCAGUAUCGAACGCUCCUUUCAGUCAUGGGCGUAGCCAGAGAGCACUUCGUCCUCCCAGAAGUUCUUUUCUUAACCGAAAUGAUACUUAAAUUAUUCGUACCUUAUAUUUAACAAUAAACGUAAAACUCGUUUAAAUUUCAUCGAAUUUGUAAUUUAACUUACAAUUUUGUCUCUCUGACUAUGCCUCUGUUAAUAGAUGAAAGGAAAUAUUACGUUGGUAUUCAUUUUUCAAGACAAUUCGUUCUCCUUUUAAAAUGUUGAUUUAAUUUGUUCCUUGGUGUUGACGAUGAGGGUGGUUCUUCCUUCUGGAACAGAAAAAGUGUAGUGAUGGACGCAGACUACUCAAAUUUUGUUCGAGCAGAAAGUUCUUCCAACUGCGAUAUUGAGUAUUUUACGUACAUGUUCGUUUCUUUUUGUGCUUCAGAAGUUUUUCGUACGAAGAAUCAUUCUGAUUCUGACUUUUGUCGUUGUGUUUUUUUGAUGUCCUGGAAAAUGACACUGGAAGGAUUGACGAGAGAUCCAGGGACGCAGAGAAGAAAACGAUUUGUCAUCCUUCUGACGAGAUCUUUAGGUCCCGGUUGUCGAAACGGAUUAAAAAAUAGUCGUUCAAUUUUCACGGUCAAAAUGUCAUUCCUCCCCCGAGAAAAUCUUCGUUCCCUCGGUUUUUCUAAGCGUGUAACUUUUAAGAAUAUAGAAUUGUUCGUUGGAAGAGAAAAAUGUGGGCGUGAGAUAGUUUCCUAUUUUCGAAAGAUUUUUGCCCGCGUCCGGCCGUUCUCUUUUUCAAAAAUUACCUUUCUACGACCACUUUUUGCGGGGACGCUGGUUUGCUGGAAAUUUGAGGUAACUGUUCGAGGAACUGAUAAGAUAAUUUUGCAAAAUUAUGGCAGGCACUUUUUUGAAACAAGAGGAGAAAAUUUAUCAUCGGUCUAUUUGAAAAUUUCAACAUCAAAAGAACAUACUGAAAAAUUUAAUUUAAACCAACCUCUUACCAUGUCAAGUUGCUUCAAUUUUGUCUUCAUUUCUAAAAAAUGUUUGCUAUAAUUAAUAAUGCUGAAAUUAUUCUUCUCGGUUUCUCCGAUGUUUCUUCAAAAUUUGAAGCGGACCCUGUAAUCAAAUAAUAUGUUACACUAAUAAGAAAAGCGAAUAUCAAAGAGCGUAAGACACCACGAAAGAAGGUGAUCUUUUGAAUAACGAUGAACCAUGGACAGUAGGAAAAAUCGGGGAAAAAGUUGUUUUAGAUAAUUCGAUUGAAUCCUGCCAAAAUUCUGAGGAGACGAAACUAAUGAGAAAAGCGUCAGGUAUACGUACAGAACACGCUUCUUUAAAUAAAUAGACUGCUAUCGGUUGGUAUACUUCGGAUAAGAAAUCAUACUUGUAACUCGAAUGAAUAGAGUGAAAUUUCAAUUAAAACCGCGAACGUCCAGAGAGAAGAGAGAGAGUGCUCGACUCCAUGGUAUAUUAAUUAUUAAUUAGAAACGUUCGACGAAACCUCGGAAUUGUAUAUUAGAAGUAGACAUAUGUUAUUCGAAAGAAGUAAUAAUAAUAAUAAUAAUAAUGAUAAUAAUAAUAAUACUAUUAAUAUUAAUAAUAUUAAUAAAAAUACAUCAUGUAACCCAUUCAAACAGUCAAGUGCUUUCUUAAUUUCCAUGCCUUUUUAAAUUGUAUCGUUUCUUCUGCAUGAACAGAUAUAUUUCAUUAGAAAGCACGGUUCCUUUCUUUUUCUUCUUUUUCUUUUGUCUUAAUUUUCUUCGUAUGUUCUAGCAAAAUACGGCUUCUCUGCGUCAUUACGUACUUGCG